UAAAAAAGUGUCAAAAAAAUAAAGUUGCCGCGCUUUAGUUCCGAUCUCUGUUACUAAAACCGAAUUAAUUUGUUUUAAAACUUGUUAAUUGUUCACUAUUCAUUAUUUUUCUGCCAAUUUAAUCUUAAGACAAUUACCGAAGCAAUAACAUGGGGCGAAAAUCGGCAUCGAGCAGCGCUAAGAGCAAAGAAAAACGUUUGCAAAGAAAGGACGAACAAAUUCGAAUAAGCCAGGCGAUGGCAGUCGUAGCGGCAGCUAACAAACUAGCAGAUCCUCUAGAACCAUUCCCGGUCUUCAGGAAAUUCAACAAAAACGGAAUUUCAGCCGAAUUGUACGUGAAAAAAGUAACCGAUUUGGAUCAGAGUUUAAAAGACUGGGCAUUUGGCCUGACUAAAAAGAAUAUGCAACAGAAGUACGAACAGUGUUCUUGGGGCUGGAGUGACACGAAAAAAUUAGAUGAAUUAACUGACGAAGCAGCUUGGUACCUCGUAGCUGCAAGUUUGGAUGGAAAACCGCUUGGUUUCGCUCACUUUCGGUUCGAUUUGGACGAAACUCUCGAAGUUCUUUACUGUUACGAAUUACAAUUAGAACCGGGUUUCCAGAGGAACGGUUUGGGCAAGUUCAUGAUGCAAAUAUUGGAAUUGGUAGCUUUUAAAAAUAAUAUGCGGAAAGUGGUUUUAACUGUGCUGAAGAACAACCAGCAUUCGAAAUUCUUCAAAGCUCUCAACUAUAAUUUCGACGAAUCGUCUCCAUUAGACGACGAUGAAGAAUCCUUCCCUUAUGAAAUUUUAAGUAAAGCUAACAAGAGAUUACAACCACCGGCAACAUCUGCGAAAAUUCACGGCUCAAAUCAUUGUUGCUCCGGCCACGACCAUCAUCACUAAGUUUAUUUUCGACUUCAAUAAUUUAUAAUACCGAUUGACUUAAGUAUAUGUAAUAAAAUAUUUUUAACAUGCGUAAUAUUUAUGCGAUUGUAAUCGAAUGGGAUAAUAAGAAUGAAACAAGCAGGAAAUUAGUUCUAGCAAUCAAAAGAAGGAGGUGCUUAACGAUGCAUUUAUUUCCUACUUGUUUUAUUUAUUUUUAAUAAAUUUUACAAUUGAAUUUUUAAUUAUGUGUUAAGUUUUAGUGUUAGAGUAGUUUUAAGUGUAGUCGUGUAGACGGAAUGGUACGAA